GGCUUCCAUUUCAACAACAACGACAACAAUACUUUAUUGCAUAAGGCCAAGAAAGAAAACAGCAAAGAUGUCUGCUGGAAGACCCGGAGAUAUGAGAGAUAGAAGGGAUAACCAGCAACUGAGUCCCGAAGAGGCUUGUGAGCAGUUAAAGUUAAGUGAUGAAGAACUUGUGGUGCUAAGAGAAUGCAGAACAAAUAGCCUUUACCUUAGAGGUUUUCCCCUUGGUAUGCUAUCUGCAAUAGCUACGCGAUACCUUGGCCACAAUUUUUUCCCUCAUAUUAGGAACUGGGCUGGGUUCUACUAUACAGGAGCGUUUACAAUGGGCGUGGUCCUAGGUGUUGCUUCAUACAAGGAUAAAUGUUUUGAAAAGAUAAUGAGUCUUGACAAUUCACGAUUAGCAGAUCAAAUGCGAAACUAUAAAAAACAAUACUCCCCUGAUGAAAACAUGACAGAGUCAGAAUCCCAGGGCGGUUCUCGUCCAGUGCGCCAAAGGGCUGCAUUUGGGGCCCGACCUCCUUCCUUUCAGCCUGGACGCAAUAGCGACCACAGGCAAGGGUCCACCAAUGACGAGCAGGAGUCUCUUGAUAAUGAAGAGGAUAAGGGCUCAAAAAGAAUGAGCUAUGAAGAGCUGCGCAGGAGACACAGAGACAGACAGUAUCAAGGACCUAGAAGGAUGCCGGCUGCUUCAGAACAGCAGGCGAACCAAGAUUAUUCUGCAAAAGACCAAGAUGCCUACGACCCAGACUCGUCGUACGACAAACGGGAAACGUAUUCUGCGGGAUCUCCGUGGGAUCCAGACACUCCUAAAAGCAGUAAUGAUGAAAGUGAACCGCGUACCUCAACCCAGCGGCCCCAGAGCUCACCGAGAGAAUAUGCAAAAAGAAACAAGUAUGGAGAUGAAAUGGAAUAAUGCUUUUUAACCGAUUUUACAAACCUCCGCAUUCAUUGUUUGUUAUUCACCAGCAAAUCGCUUUAUUAGUGUAAUUUUUUCAAGAAUGUUCUGUUGGAAUGUCUCUUUCAUAUGUGAA